AUGUCGGACAUAGGCCCAGAAUUACCGCCACAUCUACUCGCGAAGAGGAAGCGAAAGCAAGAAGAAGCUGCCGAAGCUGCGCCAACUACAGCUUCCGGCGCAAACCAGCCAGCGAGCCCUGGUGGCGGCGAGAAGAGACGGAGAGUGAUGGGGCCGGCUAUGCCUCCUGCACCGCUGGAUGAGAGACCUACGGAACCUCCGAAGGUCCCAGAAGACUCUGAUAGCGACGACGAUGACGGAUAUGGGCCUGCAUUACCCAGUGGUCCAACAGAGGCGAACGACGUAGACACAAAUGAUGGGCCAGGUUACUUGAAUCACUCGGACUCCAAGCAAGCUCCAGAGGAGAAGCCAAAGCGAGACGACUGGAUGAUGAUGCCGCCGAAACAGGACGACCUAGCAGCACGCAUGGACCCUAGCAAACAACGAGCACGAGGCUUCAAUACGGGCAAAGGGGCGAAAGCACCGCAAGCAGGAGGGGAGGACAGCUCGUCGUGGUACGAGACGGCAGAGCAGAAGCAGAAGCGGCUGGCGCACGAGAUGAUGGGAACAUCGAAGCCCAGUACUGUUGGGCCGUCAGGGCCAAGCCAAGCUCCAGAUGCGGCGAAAGAUGAGGCGGCUGCGAAGAAGAUACGGCAGCAUACGGAGAAAACAAGAGGACCAUCACUCAUGGACCAGCACACAAAGACGACUGGUCCGGACGCAGAUGACGACCCGAGCAAACGCGCCUUCGAUCGGGAGAAGGAUAUGGGCAGCGGCAUGCGCAUCGGACAGACGCAGAGGAAAGAGAUGAUGAACAAGGCUUCUGGGUUUUCAAGCAAGUUUAGCGGUGGCAGCUAUCUAUGA